AGCAGGAAUGGGCAGUGUCUUUACAGCCUCUGCACACCUUUUCCACUUACUAAUUAGGGCCUGCUUCAGAGUAAGAGACUAUUCACUGCCUGGCUCUGAAAAGGGAUGCCAAUGAAACUGAGCACAAGCAUGAAGCUGCUUGAAGUUGCCCUUCUCUUCCUAGCUGCAUUCAGCACCUACGUUACAAAUGGUAUUUCUUCGACUACAACAAGUACCAACACACAGCCAACUAAAGCUACCAUUGCAGAACAUGCAAAGAGUAAUGAAAACAUUACCACUGCUGGGUCGGCUUUAGCUGUAAACAUGACAGAAGCUAAUUCAACAAAGAUCCCAGAUAAGUCGUUCUCAACUCUAGCAGGAACUAAUGGCACAAAUGACACUCGUGUGUCACCUCCAGCUCCAGCAGAAACUAAUGGCACAAAUGACACUCUUGUGUCACCUCCAACUCCAGCAGGAACUAAUGGCACAAAUGACACUCUUGUGUCAUCUCCAAUUCAAGCAGGAACUAAUGGCACAAAUGACACUCUUGUGUCACCUCCAACACCAGUGGAAGACAAUACAAGAGCCAGCUCUCCUGGGUUGUCUCCAUCACCAAUGGGAGCUAAUACAGCAGGCAACACAUCUGGGUCAGCUACAAUUCCAGAAAGAACAGGAACAAAUGCUACUAAUGGAACCACACAAAGUUCUGGCCACUCUGGAGGCAAGGACAAGAUAGUGGACAGCUCCCCUUUUUCUAAUGUUAUUUUGCCAGUUGUGAUUGCCUUAAUAGUAAUAACAUUGUCUGUAUUCAUUCUGGUGGCCUUGUGCAAAAUGUGCCGGAAGACAACCCCAGAGAGGCAAGAGAAUGGAACCGAACAAGCCCCAUCAGAUAAAGAGGGUGUCAAACUUCUUUCUGUGAAGACAGCUUCUGAGACUGGGCCAAGCUGACCUCCAGAGAGAAGUGAGCCUCACUGCAGCUGCCACAAACAGUCAUGCGGAACCACCCUCCCCUCCCCCUCCCUUUCCCCCUUCCCCUUUUUGUCCCUUCAAGCAGAUUUUUAAAGGCGCUGAAAAUGUUAAUUGAGCUCUGCAAGCAAAGUAAACUGUAGCUACAACUGCAGGUGUAUGCUGCCCUACCCCCAUUGGCAUCUCCACAGGCCUGGUUGGCAGAGGGCACCCUGAGGUCAGGGACAGGAGAUAACAUGCAGCUAUGUAUGAAAACCACUGCAGAUGUAGUACAGCAGGAAUGAGAAUAAGUCCCUCUAGCAAAAAAACCUCCAGUCCUCCUUCGCAGUCCAAGACAGGGACAGAUGUGACUACAGGAGUCCUGCAUGUGAACCAUUAUCUCAGCUGCUCUGCUAGGGUGGCCAUUGGUCCUAUUUUACACUGAACUAUCCUGUGUUUAAACCCUUUGUCCCCUGUCCAUUUAUAGAUGAGGAACAGACAGCAAAAAGUCCUGUUUUUCAGUUCAUUGGUGGAAAUACAUGUUAGUCAUUUGUCCAUGUGAUUCUAUUGGCUGUACCUAGAGGUAGGGUGGUGUGCAGCCAGGAGGAGAGGGGUUCAGAGCCAUCCAGGGAGGGAGGAAGGUGGUGGCCCUGCCCAUUGCUGCUGAUUCACCAAGGGGCCCACUGGCCCCACCCCUCAUUCCUAGUUGGCUGUGUGGUCCAACAUCAUCAAGAGGCUGCCCUGUAUUUUGGGGGUGCAUCAAUGGCCAUGAACAACUGGUGCCUCCUGACAUGGGGGGCACCAUUUGUAGGCAGCAGUGUCAGCAGUGAGUGGCGAGCAGGGACUGCUCGCAGAUGCCAGCAGCAGUGUUGGCAGUGAGGGGUGGGGGUGGUGAGAGGCAAACGGGGACCACCCACAGAUGCCAGUGGCUGUGUCAGCUGGUGGGGGAGGGGGGUGGCGAGUGGUGAGUGGCAAGCGGGGACCACCCACAGGCGCUGGUGGCAGUGUUGGUGGCAAGGGUGGGGGGGUGCAGGUGGCGAGCAACAACCGCCCGCAGUAGCCGGGGAUGGUGGCGGCCAAUCUCAGGGGGGCCACGUGCCUCCCCAUGCCCUCCCCCAUGCGUUGCCUAUGUCAGUGGCCACCUUACACUCUGCUCUUGCUGCCAGGGUGACUCCCAAGUUGUGUACUUGGAGAGGCUGGAAAGUGGCACUCCAGCACUUUCCCCCUCCCCUUUGAUCUGAUCUGUGGGUAAAGUCAAUUGGGUGCCAGCUGGUUUUGAUUCUUACAGUGCAGACACCACUCAGGACAACUCUCAACCCCUACCUCUUGUUCAUAGCCUCUUGAGCCCAGGGUACACGCCAUGUACUCCUGGAGCCAUGAGCUGCAGGACCAGCAUGAGGAAUGACUCAAGAUAUGGAUGGGGGAAAUGGGCAGGCAGUGGGGGAUGCUUAUACCUGGGCAGCAGAGGAGCAGGGAUGUGCUGUUGAGGCACAGGACCAGGCUGCUGAGGCACAUGCACAGGGGCUCCAGAUAGCCACCCGCUAUUUGGAUGAAACAACCCAUGUCACUGCAGAGCUGAGAGAGUCACAGCACCAGGAUAAGGAGUUUAUGCACAGGGUCAUAGAUCAUUUGGGGUCCACCUAUGACAUCCCUGAAUUGCACUAGCACCACCUCCUGUGGAGAGCCAAUAACCAUCCCAGGCAGGAGUGGUAAGAGAGGCUGCUGCCCAACCCCUCAUUGCAUGGUGAGCCCUACUCCAGGGACUCUUCCCUGGGGCAACAGAAACAGGGGUCCCAUGGGAGGGACCCCUCAGUGGUGGGUGAGGGGAAAUGCUCCCCACCAUGCCCUGACUAGGAGAUUCUGGGGGGCAAAGGGAUGUGGCAUGUGGGAGUCACUGACCCAUGGUCUGAGGAGGCAGGAAAGUGUCUGGUGGGGUCCACAUCAGGGAGCAGCAAUGGAUGAGGGGAGCGGAACUGGGCUGUCAAAGACCCAAUGCCAAAGCUGUCAGGGACAAUGCCUGCCUUCUGGGCCCAACUCAGUACUCCCCUCUGCUGGUGAUCAUCUCAUAUGCGCAGCUCCCCCCUCCCCCCCCCCCAGUGAUUCUAGGCCAGUCCUGAAAGGCUACAUGGGCACUUGGAAUGGGGCAGGGGGCAUGGCCCACCAGCCUGAUGGGCCAGGUGCAACAGAGCCCACCAGCCCCAGCUUGUCCACCCACCAGCCAGGGGCCCAGCAGGGAGCUCUUUCACUCCCUGUGGUUCCACUCCUGGCCUGGGUCCUACUGCAAGGGAGCAGCACAGCUGUGGCAGGGAUAGGCAGCCCUGGGACUCAGGAGCCCCAGACAUAGGCAAGGGUUGCAGGUCUAGGGUCCUUGAAGGGGGAGAUUGGGCCCCAGGGACACAGGCCAAGGGGUUGGGGGUCCCCUAUUGGACAGCUAGGAGUCCAUGGUGCCUGCUGUGGCAAUGCCUCCCUGCCCAUCCCUUCCCCUCCAGGCCCAGCAGCUGUCUUCCACCCUGCAAUUCUCUCAGACAGACAGUGAGUCUGGGAUCACAAACCUGUCCAGCUCCUACAGAGGUCCCUGGUUUUUAUUCCUGACCACGGAAAGUAGGGUGCCUGGUCAAAUCCCCCUACCCCAUGCCUGCCCUCCAAAGUUUUGUGUUUGUUGAGUUCAGCCCCUGCAGCAUUCCCCAUGACGCCAUCCCUUUCCCCACUCCCCAUCCUAACUGCACCUUCAAGAUUCUUUCUCUCCUUUCUCAAUGCCCUCCCCACCCCCUCCAAAUGUUUGUUGGUUUGUGUUAGUUGGGUCCAAGCUGAGACAGACAAUUCUCAACAAGUUUUCUUUAUUAAAAAAAAGUUGGCAGCCACAUCAUUUUUUUAAACUGAGGCAAAUCUCUUACUUGCACUGCAUUCUUCUGCACCCUAGUGUCUGCCCCUAGGUGGAGUGGGGGAGAAGUGGGGGAGAAGAAGGAAAAUGGUGUCCAGGCAGCCUGGAUUGUGGGCAGUGCUGCCCAGGAUGCAGGACCAGAGGAACCCAGGGCAGGAGACUCAUGGCCUGGUAUUAGGGCAUGGGCACUCAAAAGGUGCUUGUACACAUGAUGGGGCUUUAGUUCAGUUUAGUUCUCCCUAAAUUGAAAUGGUGGGUUUUUUAAAACCCACUGUUUCUACCAUGUCAAUGUAGGGAGCACUAAACUAAACUAAACCCCCAUCGCGUGUACACAAGGGUUAGGGGGGUCUGAUCCUUAGAGCCUACCUGCCUCUCCUGUGGUGGGCUGGGCAAGGUGAGCUGCCAGCGGGCUGAGAGGUUCCUGAACUUCAGGAGACCCUGGUGCUUCCCCCCGUGGUGGCAGUACCCCCCCAGGUGGCACCCACCUGCUGGCACCUGGCCCAGGCAGUCUUGGGGCACCGCUAUCAUGGAGGAAAGCACUGGGCCCUCUGCAGCUCAGGAACUGUGUGACCCAGUGGCAGCUUGUGCAGGCAGGCUUGACGGAAGCAAAAAAAACUGGCAAGGAGCUUGAUCUUUUUUUUUCCUCCCAGAGCCUGCCUGAGCUACGCGGGGGCCUGGUGCUUUCCUACGCAACUGUAUUGCCCCCUGGGAAGCUCCCACCUACUAGCAGCCCACCCAGGAGCUGCCUAGGGAUCACUGCAGCUGCAGAGGGAAGCACUGGGUCCCUGCGCAGCUCAGGUAGGCAGGCAGGCUCCGGCAGGAAGAAAAAAAAAGAUCAGGUUCAUUGCCACUUUUUAUUUUCCUUCAGUCAAGUCUGCCUGCAGGAGCUUCUGCCUGUUUUUAUAGCCCCUGAGUUGCGCAGGGCCCAGUGCUUCCCUCCACGGUGGCGGUGCCCCCUGGGACUGCCUGGGCUGGGUGCCAGCAGGCAGGUGCUGCCUGGGGGUGCUGCCACCUGGGAGGGAAGUAUCAGGGCCCCCCGCAGCUUAGAGACCACUUGGCCAGAUGGUAACUCGCCCCCCUCCCCGCUGCAGGAGAGGCAGGUAAUCUCCAGCACCCUGUGCACCAUUCCCACUGCCUGGGACCAUGCAGGAACAGCUGGCUUGCCCUGAGGCAGAGUGGCAAGGUGGCAGGAGGGUGGCUGGGUGUGCUGGUGGUGGGAGAAGGCAGCAGGGAUGGUGCAUGGGGUGCUGGAAGCCCACCAAGCCUGAGCUUCCCUGAGCACAUUGACUCCAGUGCCCUGUACACCAUUGUACUUUGUUAUGUAGCAAACUAAAAUACCCUGGAUGAAUUUUACCUUGCUACAUAACAAAGUAAUUUAAAGCAAAAUACACCGCUGAGGUUGUAAAUAGCAAUGCCAUUAAAGUGGUGCAAAAGGGCAAUUAAGCCACUUUAAAGGCCAAUUUUGUUGUGUGUACAAAGGCCCGAAGUCCUCUGGCCCUACUAAUCUGGGGAGGACUCCCGGUCUACAUGGGUGAGGAGGUAGUCAACCAGGGCUUUGUAGAUCUGGACAGCCUUCUGCCCCGUCAUCAGCAGGGAGACUCAACCUCUCCUCCAUCCAGGUGAUGCAUGUGCUUGUAUUGCAUGGGUCCUUGGUCCAGGCUUUGUGGAAGACCUCCCCCUGGGAUCUUACAGAUCUUGUGGAGGACACACAUGGUAACUAUUGGAGGUGAUGCCAGAACACCCUGGCAUCCAUGGUAUCCCCGAUAGCCUCAUCCUUGUCAGCUGUGUGAAUGUCAGUGGCCCAGUCCUGGAUGCUUGGUAGGCACAGGUUCUGGUGGGUGGGCAUGAGUGGAACAGUUGGCUGGUGGCUUGUGGACAUUAGGGCACACACCAUGGUGAGCCACUGCCACAUCAGGUUUAAAUGGGCAUGCAUUAUAUCCUGCAGUAUCUGGUGAGUCGAGCAGGGCAACCAGCAAGACACACCACACCUCCUGGGUCUCCCUGCUUGGGCAUGGGUGCCGGGAUGCCACAGCAGGAUGUGGGAAGGCUGGGACAUGGAGGCACAUGAAAUCAUGACAGCACCUGGGGGGAGGGUUUGCAGUGAUGUGGCAGGGUGAUGGGGGUGCAGGGAGCCUUGCAAAUCAUUACAGAUACAAUCCGAUCCACCCCUCUUCAAUGGCUUCCUAUUCUUAGUAACAUACUGUGUCACCUGUAUGUAUUGUAUGGCUUAAGGCCCUUCCCAGGGGGCUGUUGGCCUACUUGUGGGGUGGCAGGGUGGCACUUGGGCUAUAUCACCUGGGCUGCCUGGUUUUAGUUUCUUUUUCUGCCACGACUUUGGUGUUAUAGUUUUUGAGAGGCAGUUCCCUGCAGGCAACCUUCCUGGUCCAGCACCCUGGCCUCUUUGUGGGGCUCCAGAUUUCUCCUUUACCUUACCCUAAACACCUCCAGUCUUUGAUGAAGAUGGGCAAUGCCCAGACUCAAUGAUGUUAUCUGCUGGUGUGGGUCUUCGUAGUGGCCCCUGGUAGCAGCCUGCAACCCAACUGACCUUCACUCCAGCCCUUGUCUUCUCUAUACAGCUCUAGAAGGUUCGUAGCUGCUCUGCCAACCUCCUUAGUACUAAUAGUGUGUGUAACUCAGUUCAACAAACCCAGAAAUCAAAACCAAAAAAGUGGCAGCAUCCGCUGCUGUUCUGCCCCACCUCUUUAGAGGUAAACCCCUCCUAACAGAGACCUUUAAAGGCAGUCCAGCUUAUUUGGCCAAACCCUGUUGCCCAAAGCAUUCUACAGGUUUACUGGCCUUAAAUCUAAUGUCCCAUCAUCAUGGGACCUGACAAACUGGCCACAGCCCCUCUUUUGCCUUCAGACUCUCUUGGUCUGCAGGCUUCAUUCCUGGGGUAUGCUUCCCCUAAGUCGGUCUCUCACCCCUGAGAUGGACAGGGCUUCUAGGUGAAAUGCAUCCCACACUCAGGCCUCUCACCCAAUCUGCCUCCUCCUUGGUUUCCUCUUACCUUAUGGUUGUCUCUCCGCCACCUGUCUCACUGGAGUUGCCCACAUCUGCUCUGACAUCUGCUGGAGGUUGUUUUAGGGAACCAGUGUUCCUCCGAACAUUGUGCUGCUCUGCCUGGUCUCCUGGCUCUGCUCUGGUGGCCUGCUGCUCCCUGUCAGGGGACUGCUUCAGCAUCUGCCUCCAUAGCAUGCUACAGGCCUCCUCUCCAGGUCCCUCACCAGGGCUGGAAGCACUUUUGCUGACGUGUUCCCUGCCAAGAUGGAGGGUCAGGUUGCUCUAGAAAUGCUGCAGUGAUCUCCACUUGCCACUUCCAGGAGCCACUCCUGCAGAGGUAAGCAGGGGACGCCAGUCACUUUGCUCACUCUCUUCUUCCCUCUCACACACAUAUCCUCUCCCAUUAAAAAGAAAAAAUGCCUUAUCUAAAUUAUGGAGAAAAAAAAAUAACCCGCAGCUGCCUAUACAUGAAGAUCUCUUAAACUUCUACCGCAUCUGAGCUUAAAAUCUAGACAUCCUGCUUGAAGAACACCAAUUCAACUUGAGCAAGACUCAUUAAUCUCCAAGAUACCUGGAUGCAGCAAUGGCUCAAUUCACCCCUUAAUACAGAAAUUAGUAUUACAAAUCCCACCAUUAGACCAGCUAACUUUGAUCUCCCUAGACAUUUUUGGUCUUCUCUAAACUGAAUGAAGACAGGACAUGGCAGAUGUGGAUUUCUGGUACAUUUAUGGGGCUGAACUAUCUCACUGAACUGAGACUGUGAAUCACAUCACCUCUGAGCUUUGAAUCACAUCAACUCUGAAUGUCCUCUCUGUGCAUUUAAUGGAACUCUAUUGGAUUUGCACAAUCCUACACUUGAGGCAAAUCAGCUGGCUGCAAAAUUUAGACAUAAAAUUGUGAAUAUUCCUUGCUUUGUGAUCAUUGUAUCAUUAUACACUAAAAAAAACAAACAAAAGAACCUCUCAACCUUGAUAAUGCAUUUGAAUUAAGCCUUCUUCAUAACACUGUUGGCAUUUUUCGACUUCUUAAUAUUAUUCCAAAUGCAGCAGCUUGAUGAUGAACAAAUUAUGAUAUUUUAGAAAAGCAAAAUAAGCAUGCAAAGAAAGACUCUGCUCUGGCAUGCAACCCUGGAAGUCUCAUUGUAUUCCAUGAGGUUGUGUAAAUUGUCUGUCAAGCCCAAAUUUGUUCCUAAACUCUGAUAAUUGAGAACAGAACAAAAAAAGACUGGCUUCUUCCAUCAAUGCAACAAAAUUAUACUUUGAUAAAAUUGAACUAAUUUUGUUACAAGAAUAUCUGCAAGUAAUACUGAAGAAUUGGAAGAAAGACUUAUGUUUAAUUCAAGAUGUACCAAAAAUGUUUGCUGUGCUAAUAGAGCUUGUGACACCAGGAAAACUAAAUAAAAUGUUCUCUUUUUUUUUGACUGA